AUGUCUAACAAAUUCAAAGUUGCUAUUUCCGCCGAAAUUAAAGAUGGUUUUAAGAAUCAAAACCAAUUGCCAACAAUUUCGUCGGAUCCAAUUGCAUUGCCUUUGAUUGGAAAUAAUUACACACAUCCACCACUGUUUGAAUUUUCUACUAGUAAUGGCGAAGUUAGAAAUUCUACCAGUCAGGAAGUUGACAAUUUGUCGGAUGCUGAUCAAUAUAAUAAACCAUUGACCCCAACAACACCGAAGAAAGAACAAGUUAUAAACCAAGAGCCAGAAAAUGUGAUACUGACGAAUGCAUCGGAUCCAAAAUACAAAAGUACUGGUGAUCAAUUGGAUUUGAAUAAUGGAUUGCAAAAUUCAAUUUAUGGGAAGAACGACGGAAAUGCAACUCAAAAAAGUUUCCUAUUCCCCAUAUCUGUACCAAAGGUACCUGAGGAAGUUCGUAACAAAAGAUUCCUGACGCCGGCUUUCAUUAAAUUUAUGGGCUUAGAUGAUGAGUCGGAAAGUGAAGAGAAAAAAACUGACAACUUGCAAACAAAUAAAGAACUGCAGAGUGCUGAGAAGAAACUCGACAAUUUACCAAAGGAGGAAGAAUCUGAAAGAAAGGAAGUAGAUCUAAUAACGAGUCCAGUCGAUACAGUUUCAGUGAUCGAUACAACUUCAAGUAAAGCCACAGAACAGCAAGCAGAGCAAAUUAUUAAAACGCUACCAACAGAACUAAAAAUUACAAAGAAGGAGAAGGAUCUCCCCGAACAUUUGGAACGGAGGAAGGAAAUUAGGCGAAGGAAAAGGCCCAAAACCAUUGCAAGUUGCCAACCCAGCAGAGAUCAGAUGAGAGCAGAUAAAGAGAAUACAACUGAAUUGGAAGCCAGGAGAAAGGAUUUUGCAAGCAAGCAAAGAGUUUCCUUCGAAGACCAAUCUCAGCCUUAUGGAGAAGAUGACGAUGAUUUUCAGCAGAAUGAUUUCGCAAGUCCUGUAAUGUUUACAAAUAAAAUUUCUUCCCGCAAGGAAGUUCCUAUGGUAGUUAGCAAAAGGGAUUCCAUCAGCGAGUUGCAAACGAAAACUGUAACGGAUGAGUUGUUAUCUGAAGUCGGUAAAAGACCCAAGCGCAGGCAUAUUACCAGACAACAAAGCAGAGAUGAUCAAAGUAUAGGAGCGAAAUAUGUUGAAAGGAAGCAAGACAUUGAUGAUGAUUCAAGCAAAACAAAGUCCCUGGUUAUCAUUAAAAAUGGUACAUAUCAAACUAUGGAUCCGCCUGCCGACAAAUACCAUUCCCUUAAACCUGAGCUAGGGCCCAUUGAGGUAUUACCAUCUGCGGAAUUCUGUGCGAAGGGUAUGGAACACAUACAACCCAUAUUAGAGGAAUUAAUCAAAACCGAGGAGUCCUAUGUCGAAAGUAUCUGGAAAGGUUUGAAAAACUAUGGCAAUGUAUUCGAACAACGUGAUCUUCCCAGAGGAAUGAAGGGUAAAAAAUAUGUCCUCUUUGGAAAUAUUGAACAGAUUGCCGAAUUCCAUAGAGAUAUUUUCCUGCCAAUGCUGUUGAGAAAUCGCAACAAUAUCAAACAAUUAUUUGAUCAGUUUCAACGUUAUAUUGAGGAAGACUAUUUUUAUGCCUACGUCCUGUAUGCCAUGAACAAUCAGAGAUCUCUGGAAUUGUGUAAUGAAAAUAAGAAGUUCUUCAAGACAAUGCAAGCGAAAUGUGAGGAUAAUUUGGGUAUCAAUAGUUUCCUGCUACAACCAAUACAACGUGUUCCAAGGUACUCGCUGAUGCUCAAGGAAUUUAUAAAGAAACUAUUCGAUAAAUAUCCCAUGAAACCCCUCAUCGAUUCGUGUUGCCGUUUGGAUAGACGUUUACAGAUUCUCCUGAAUGCCAUCAACAAAUCGGAGGUUAUCAACGAUGUGGAUUGUAUUAGUGAAACACAUGAGUUCAACAUUUUCUAUCAGGGUAAAUUUCGCGAUGUGGCCGAGUUCAGCUGUCACGAUUUCACACUGAAGCGUAACUAUCGUUCGAAACUUUUCAUCUAUGAAAAAUGCAUUAUCUAUACGGAAGUUAAGCGCAAACAGUUGGUAUUUCGUGGUCGUUAUCCCCGUGAACAUUUGGGCAUGACCAUGCAAAAUAAAUCCUUUACUUUGUACUAUGAUCGCCUGAAGCAACAAGAGUGUGAAUUUGUUGGCGACCCAGCUUUGGUGAGACAAUGGCAGGAUUUAAUACGUGACACCAUCAAUGCCUAUGCGGUGGAGGAGAAGGUCCGCCUACAGGAAUUACACAAUCCAGAGGUGGUGCAUAGGCGGCAAAGACGUGCUGCUAAUCUAUCAUUAUUCCGCGAUUCAAAUCGCUUUAGCACUGAUAGUGGUAUUAGUAAUACUUAAAUGUUACAGAAGGUUUACAUUAGAGGGUUUCUGCUGGAUUAAAAUCCUUUGCGGGGAUGUAUUUGGCAUUCAUGCCAUGUAAUUGGCAAUAUAAGUACAUCGGACUUAAUAAAUCCGGUAAACUGUAAACUUUGU